CAUCUAACCCCGGUAGUGGUGUUGUGGAGGAGUUUUCUCUCCGUCUGACUGGAAUCCGCAGCUGUCUGAAGAGCACAUCGUUGGAUCUGAGCGCACUCCACCGAGGGAAUUGUUAUUAAGGUCAUUAUUGUACUUUAUCGGAGAAACCAGAUCCCAACAUGCCUCGGUCAUUCCUUGUGAAGAAGUAUUUUUCCAACAAGAAGCCAUACUACAAAGAGAGUCAGCUGGAGAGCCAUACUGCUUUUGUCCCAGAAAGCUUUCCACGAGCUGAACUCCCAACGCAGAACAACAUCUCAGCCCUCACCUGCUACCCCACCAACCCAUUCUUCAGCAGCAUGGACACCCUGCCUGCACCGCUCUCCCCGAUCAGCCCCGUGUCCCUCUCCCCAUCACUGCUCUGCCCUCUGGACCUCAGCAGCUCUCCCUCAAGCAGCAGUGGCGAAGAAGAGGAGGACGGUGGACGCACUUCAGAUCCUCCCAGCCCAGAUAUCAUCCAGCACAUCUACCACUGCCUGCACUGCAGCAACAGCUACACCAGCCUGUCUGCACUGUCCCAUCAUCAGAUGUCCCACUGUGCACCACAGCAGCAGACGCCCUCUUUGCCCACUGAGGUCUCUGCACGCCCUGCCUUCCACUGCAAACACUGCCCCAAGGAGUACACUAGCCUGGGCGCCCUGAAAAUGCACAUCCGCUCGCACACUCUGCCCUGUGUGUGCCCCACCUGCGGCAAGGCCUUCUCCAGACCAUGGCUGCUCAGAGGACACAUCCGCACACACACAGGUGAGCGCCCCUUUGCUUGUCAACACUGUAACCGGGCUUUUGCUGAUCGAUCCAACCUGCGGGCCCACCUGCAGACACACUCCGAAGUGAAGAAGUACCAGUGUGGCUCGUGCUCACGGACCUUCAGUCGCAUGUCCCUGCUGCACAAACACACCGCCUCAGGAUGCUGCCCUGCCUCAUAGACUCACAUUCCCUGAACUGCUCUCAUGAGCCAGUGGAAGCUGGUUCCUGACCGAUCAGACAGUCAAAGCCAUGGGAGGACAGAAAACUGGAGUUCUGUUGCUUUUAUAAAACAACUUCUUAAGUGCCUUUUCCAGGACUCUAGGUAAUAUUGGUAUACACAGCAUAUCUUGCUACGUCCUGUUAACUGUGUGCAUGUGUGUGUGAUUUGAGGGCAGCUGAACAUGCAGUUAAUUCCCAGGAAACUCCAUCGGUGCCGGCCGGUCCGGGACUCUGGCCAUGUUGCAGCUGCUUGGGUGUGUGUAUGUGGGGAUGUCAUUCCUCACCAUACUAUACAUAAAUGGUGUGUGUGUUGAGACAGCUGUCUGUGUAGGGUGUACUGUGGAGGCAGGGCGCUGAGAGACAUGUUAGCUGUGGCCCUGGCGACAGGUGACCCUCCGCUCGCCCCUCCUCACACCACAAAAUCACUCAUUGUGUGUUACGGGACAUGAAAGGACCACUUAAACUUGA